UUGAUCUUUGGCCACAUGCCUGGGCUGGUUCUGUCCUCUGCCCAUGGGGAGUGCCUGGGGCCCUUCAUCCUCAGGCUGGGCGCUGGUGCCUCCAGGUGGGCGGAUGGCUGCGGCCCAGUGUGGCCACGACCCCCAGGGACAGCAGAUUGGUCUGAAAAGGCAGGCCCUGCCCCCUGUUGCUGGGUUGGGGUGCGAUCCUUUCUGUCCCCUCUGCUGGCAUGGAUUAUCUUCAAAGCAGCUUUUGCUUUGGUUUCUGAAGAUACAAAGAAAGAGGUCAAGCAAUCUAAGAAUUUGGAGAAAGGUGGUAUCUCAAGGAAGAGUGACGUAGAUUUAAAAGGAAUUGUAUUUGUCAUCCAGAGUCAAAGUAAUUCUUUUCAUGCAAAGAGAGCAGAACAGUUAAAACAAAGCAUCUUAAAGCAAGCGGCAAAUCUUACACAGGAACUCCCAAGAGUCCUCCUUCUCCAUCAGAUGUCUAAGCAGGAGGGUGCAUGGACCAUACUUCCGUUGUUACCACACUUUUCUGUAACGUAUAGCAGAAAUUCAUCAUGGAUUUUCUUCUGUGAAGAAGAGACAAGAAUACAAAUUCCAGAACUCUUAGAAACACUCAGAAGAUAUGACCCAUCCAAGGAAUGGUUUUUAGGAAAAGCAUUACAUGAUGAAGAAUCUACAAUAAUUCACCAUUACGCCUUUUCUGAAAAUCCUACCGUUUUUAAAUAUCCAGACUUCGCUGCUGGCUGGGCUCUUAGUAUUCCACUUGUAAACAAGCUUACCAAGAGGUUAAGGAGUGAAUCCCUGAAAUCCGACUUCACAAUAGAUUUAAAACAUGAGAUUGCCCUCUACAUCUGGGACAAAGGGGAUGGGCGUCCCCUUACUUCGGUGCCCGAGUUUUGUACGGAUGCUGUGAAUGCCUCCUGUGCUACCACGUUCCAUUCUUUCCUACCACUUUGCGGACAUCCAGUGAAGAAAGAGGAUAUAUUUUUCGCAGUAAAAACAUGCAAGAAAUUUCAUGGUGAUAGAAUCCCCAUUGUAAAGCAGACCUGGGCAGGACAGGCAAGUCUCAUCGAAUACUACAGUGAUCAUGCAGAAAGUUCUAUUCCUACGGUAGAUCUGGGGAUUCCUAAUACAGACAGAGGUCAUUGUGGAAAGACAUUUGCCAUUUUGGAAAGAUUUUUGAAUCACAGCCAUGACAAAAUAGCAUGGUUAGUCAUUGUGGAUGAUGACACGUUAAUAAGCAUCUCCAGGCUCCAGCACUUGCUUAGCUGUUACGACUCCAGCGAACCGCUGUUUCUGGGAGAGCGUUACGGCUACGGCCUGGGCACUGGAGGCUACAGCUACGUCACGGGAGGAGGAGGAUUAACGGUCUCCAGGAGCUGCUCUAACCCCUUUCUCUGUCUGCUCUGGCUUCCCACUAGAAUGGUCUUCAGCAGAGAAGCAAUCAGGAGACUUCUCGCCAGUAAGUGUCGCUGCUACAGCAAUGAUGCCCCCGAUGAUAUGGUCCUGGGAAUGUGCUUUAGUGGGUUGGGAAUCCCUGUGACACACAGCCCUCUCUUCCAUCAGGCCCGGCCCGUGGAUUAUCCUAGGGACUACCUUUCUCACCAAAUUCCCAUAUCUUUUCAUAAACACUGGAACAUCGAUCCGGUAAAGGUAUAUUUCACGUGGUUGGCACCCGGUGAGGAAGACAAAGCCAGGCAGGAGACACAGAAAGGCUUUAAGGAAGAGUUAUAAAGCGUGCUGGCCUAUGAGCACAGUUUGGUGACGAGACCGGAGUGGAGGCUGGCAUCGUCCUGCGAGCUGUGACCACAUUGCUUCCACGUGCCACAUGGCAUUGGGAGACUCUGACUUCAGGUGGAAAUUAUGUAUAUGGUAUUUUUUGAAGGGGGGGGGGAAGAAACAGAGUCGUAGGGGAAACAGAUUUUUUUUUUUUCUGGGAAAAAUCACUUGCUUUUUGCAUUAUGCGGUUAUUGUAAUAUACAGUGAUUACUGUGUAUUUUUCAAGCUGUGAUACAGCAGCUUUAUUACUGUCACAGAAAAAUAAAUGGUACCAGAAGUCUCCUUCCUGUUUUCUCUCUUCAUUAUAAAGUGUCAGAUGGGCAUGAGACUGGCAAGACAUGACUGUGUGUGUAUAUAUAUAUAUAUAUACACACACACACCCACUCUACAGUGUGUAUAUAUAUAUAUAUAUAUAGAAUAUAUAUAUUCUAGUGUAUAUAUAUAUAUAUAUAUAUAGAAGAGGCAACAUCCGUUGACGUGGGUAUUACCAUGAUGUGAACUUUUUAACCAUAUUAUUAAUGAUGAAAAUUAUUUUCUGGUUAUUCAGUAGGAAUAAUGCUGUAUUAAAUAUUCAUCAAACAUCAUAAAAGUCGAGAUACGAAGUCCCCCGUAGUCUAUAAUCAGGGUUGUUAUGUUUUAUCUGUUUUUCUGUUGGUGCCUCAUAAAAAGAGAAUAAGAAGUCUUCUGCUAGAGCUUUCUAUUUCUUUCUUUAGAGGUUCAUCUCUGUUCUAUUUCUCCCCGAAGCCCUAUCUUUAUGACCUACUUGUAACACAAAAGUGUGCUGGAUUCCGCCAGAAAAUAGUGUUCUCAAUAUUUAAAAACAAUGUUGUCGGGCUUUAUUCAAGUCUGUGAGUUCUGUGGAAGUCUCAGGAAGUGAAUUAAAUUAAUUUGUACCUGAUGUUUUACUCUUAUUUUUCUUUGAAUGUUACUUAACGACUCUCUCCUGGCUCAUAAUAGACCCCCCAGUGUACCGUGAAACCCUAGUGGAAAGGCAGCAUGGUGAUUUAGUAAUUUCCCUGGGUUCUUACAAAAUGAGAUUUGAAUAUAGUAUUUUGAAACAGCUCUAGUUUUCAAAUCAUGUCUUUAGUAUCUAGUAAUUUAACACAUUCAUUAUUAAUUUGUAAAAAGUACCCUGUAUGUUAACAUUUUAAUUAUGUAAUUCAGUUUUUCUGAGGGCGUUUGCAUAAAAUUUGAUUUUGAUAGGUCUUAAACUAAUUUCGGUCUAGUAAAAUACUUUCCUCUUUUUUUUUUUAAAAAAAUUGCUAUUCAUUAACUUUGCUUGUAAGGCUUUUUAUGGUCAAGCACAGGGUUUUAAAGCCAUACCACUAAAAGCACCCAUGUGUGUUUUUUAACAAUACAUUUUCUUGUAGCUUAGCUUGGACUCAUUUCCAAAAUGAUGCAAUAGUAUUUUUUACUGGUUUCCAAAUUAGCAAAAACCAGAACUGGUGUGUUUUCGGUGGUGACUGAAUGCAUUAGAUUCAUUUUUGUGAAAGUGGAUGUGGUGGCCUGUCCAAGGACUGGGUUGGGGACGAGCAGAUGUUUGAGAAGCACCCCAAGGGUCUAUAGAUCCUGUCAGACUGGUGGUGACAUCAGCAUCGUUGUCAGAGCUGGGAUUGCUGUCCUUGCUAUCGUCACAGUCACCUUCCUGUUAUCUGUGAUCAGUACCCCCCCGGGGAGCCUGGCUGCCUGACCCGGUGGAAAAGAGGCUUUGGUUCUUCCUGCUCUGGCCUCCCAAUUGUCAUACUCCCAAUAUGGCACAUUCAUUUGACAGGAUUGAACAGGCGUCUGUACCUGAAGAUCCACGUCAAGCUUUCAGUGCCUUCUACUGAUGCCAGAGUACCUCCUCUGGUAGUUGUUGGUGUUUCAUUGAUUGUGUUUACUUUUUGGAACUAUGUCAGCCUAACCACAAAUAAAAGAUGUUUGCCUCAGUUA